UGCCUGUCUACGUGUUGACCAUAUAUUGCAUUCCUCUAAGUUGCUCCUGAAAGAAAUGCCGCUGCAUCCGCUGUGUCGAAGGGAAAAGAAGGCGUCCCACCCAUCCGUUUCCCCGCGCCACCGACAGGAUCUCGAACCAGACCUCGUCCUCCCCCCCGCCUUUCC